AUGAACUUCUUCAAGUCCUUUGGCUACGUCACCUGCGCUCACACCAUCCAGUUUUUGAACGAUCUCAAGCUUGCUCACUACACAAAGAUUCCGCCUCGCCAUGCUUUCUGGGCUCAGAUGGUUGCGUGUCUGGUUUCUACGUUCGUCUGCACGGGCGUGCUCAACUUCCAGAUCCACAUCAAGGAUGUCUGUACUACUGAUGCGCCCAACCGCUUCUACUGUCCUGGAAACAACACCUUCUUCACUGCUUCUGUGCUUUGGGGUACUCUCGGCCCUCACAAGGUGUUCGGCAAGGGUGGAUUGUACACCACUCCUCUUAUUGGCUUCCCUAUCGGUCUGGUUGUGCCUCCGAUUCUCUACUACACCACUCGCCGCUUCCCGCACAAGAAGUGGCUUCGUCAGAUCCACCCCGUAGCGAUGAUCUACGGCGGUCUCACUUGGGCUCCCUACAACUUCUCGUAUGUCUGGCCUCAGGUGCCUAUUGGUUUCAUGGCCAUGGUCUGGCUCAAGUCAAGAUACCUGGCUUGCUGGUCCAAGUACAACUACGUGCUCAGUGCUUCUUGGUCUGCUGCCAUUGGCAUUUCCGCCAUCAUCAUCUUCUUCAGUGUGCAAUACUCGGGCAAGGUCAGUCUGGAUUGGUGGGGUAACAAUGUUUCGUACCAAGGCUGCGAGAACAAGGCUUGUACGCUGUUGAAGCUGGGUAAGGGAGAGUUCUUUGGACCUCGCUCUUGGUAA